CUCUGCUUCUGCCUCUUACGCCUCAGCUAUGGCGACCCUCCUACCCCCACCCAAACGCCAGAAGGUCUACCAUGGAGUUCCCGAACCAGAGCCAGAAGCACCAAAGCCUUCACCCAACGUUGUCGUACAGUUUGUGUCGGAGGAGGAUGGACAACCGCUCGCGCCUGCGGUAAAUUUGCCCGCCAACAUUUCGAGAGAGGGCCUCGAGGCAUUAGUUAACAAGCUGAGUACGAAGGAUGACGACCCCGUGCCAUUCUCAUUCCACAUCGCUUUGCCCGCGGAUGCUACAACACCUGGGGCACCAACACAGCUCGUUAUAGCCAAGUCUAUCGAGGAGGAUGUACUUUCACAUCCGUCGCAUGCAUUUACACAAGAAGAUGUCUUUGUCGUCCGGUGUUCACCUCAAGCGGUAUUUAAGGUUCGGCCAGCGACUAGAUGUUCGUCAACCUUGUCAGGUCAUACAUCACCUAUCUUGUGCGCGUCUUUCUCGCCCACAGGUAAUCUCCUUGCAACUGGAUCCGGUGAUUGUAAUGCGCGGUUGUGGGAUCUUCAUACGGAGACACCAUCACACGUUCUGUCCGGUCACAAAGGCUGGGUUCUCUGUGUUGAAUGGGAAGCGAUGGAGCGCAAGCUUGCUACGGGCGGUCAUGAUGGACAUGUCCGCCUGUGGGAUCCAAAAGCCGGUACGCCGAUCGGCGACGCCCUAAAAGGACAUACGAAAUGGGUCACAUCAUUAGCAUGGGAGCCAGUCCACCUAAACCCUUCUGCACCGCGGCUAGCGUCCUCGUCAAAAGACGGCACCGUCCGUGUCUGGUCAACCUCGACACGGCGAUGUGAAUAUGCGCUCGGUGGGCACACAGCUAGCGUGAAUGUCGUCCGAUGGGGCGGAGGCGGCCUCGAUGGCAAGGGUGUGCUCUACACUGCCUCAAGUGACAGGACGAUCAGGGUAUGGGACGCAAAUGGGGGACGGCCACUGCACACCCUGAAGGAUCAUGCACACUGGGUCACCACACUGACACUCAAUACAGACUUCGUAUUGCGCACCGGCCCGUAUGAUCAUACCGGCAAGAAGCCCGCAUCUGACAGUGAAGCCCAAACUCUCGCCCUUGCACGCUACAACAAAAUCGCGUCGACUAAUGGCGAAACGCUCAUCUCAGGGUCAGACGACCACACGCUCUUCUUCUGGUCGCUUUUCCCCUCUCGUGCCGACUCUUCCGCCGCGUCGGACGAAGCUGCCGCGCGCGGCGGGAAGCUCAAACCCGUGGCGCGGCUGACGGGACACCAACGCCAGGUUUCGCAUGUCGCGUUCAGCCCCGAUGGACGCUGGGCGGCGAGUGCCGCCUGGGACAACAGCGUGCGUUUGUGGGAUGGCCAUACAGGCAAAUUCGUGGCAACGCUUCGCGGCCAUAUCGGUGCCGUGUACCGUCUGACGUGGAGUGCGGAUUCGCGGUUGCUCGUUAGUGCGAGCAAAGAUAGUACAGUCAAGAUUUGGGAUCUGAAGACGUACAAAAUCAAAACAGACCUACCGGGACACACAGAUGAGGUGUAUUGUGUGGACUUCGUAGCGGACAAGAUUGUCAGCGGAGGGCGCGAUAGGACGGUGAAAAUCUGGAAGAACUGAGUGUCUUUUUUUCGUUUUGGCAAUGAUGAUACUUAGAAUGAGGUGAGCCUGGGAGUUAUGUGCGUCUGCAUCGUGUGUUUGGAAUUAUAUGCCCUAAGCAAGCUAUGUAAGAACUCGUACAUAGAAUUGUAGAAUGGACCGACCUAGUAUUUCAGAUGUACAUCAUCUUACAAGGCAGGAUACAGAGCCACAGUGGCCUGUCCCAUACUCUUUAAAGCACGCCGGAGACAGUCGGUCUUGCUGAAGCAUUUAUAUUCUGGA